GCCACGCACAGGGCAGCGAACAGCUGUGCGGUGGAGGGAGGAGGAAAGGUACCAAAACAAAACAUAAACAAAUUGGCGAUGAGAGAACUGCACUCGUCGAUGCGGCGAUGAUUUUCGACACGAUUUCGCUUGCCGACAGUGCCGACGAAUGUAGGAGGAUAUCUCUUGCUCGUCAAGAAGCUUUUACGGCCUCCCGACAAGACUCUUGCGUCGGUCUUCUCUUCUGGUGGGAUGAGAUGACUCUACUUGGACCUUGGGGUUGCUCGAGGUUGGCAUCCGAGCACACUGGAGCCUUUCUUUGGUUUCCGAUGGAGGGAGCCCAUCGAGUUGCUCGGCAGUGGCGGACAUUCACGACAAGCUUGACGAAGGCUAAGAGGCUUUCCUUGGUUGCUGGAGGGUGGCCGUUGGUGAUCGGCAGUGUAGCUCCCACCGUGGAGCCACACACUGAGGUGAUGGUCGCACUCGGAGGCUGAACGGGGCAGACUGACGGUGCUGCUGGAUUGCUCUGCCACAUAUUGGACGUCACCACACUGCUGGUGGUUUGCAUGAGAGUGCUCUGGUGGUUGGGGGCACCAAAGACAGCAUCCUUCAGCUGGCGAAUGUAUCCCAAGAGCUGCUGCUGCUGCUGCUGCAAUUUUUCAUCCUCAGCUGCUUGAGCUUGCUCCUCACGCUCACGCCUGAGCUUGGUUCGCCGCAAGAAGUGCUCUUGAUUUUCUGCAAUUUCUCUCAUGCUGGAAAGGCCAUCAAAUGCAUCUUUGGCCUCGGAGUAGCUGGGUGGCUGCUCAAACUCGGACGCCAACGCCUUCUUCAGGUCUUGGAGUGAGAGGGCGUCCAAGUUGAGCUUGCUGGCGAACCGGAACACAUCGCCUUCAGUGUUGCUGACAGCAAGGCGGACAAGCUCUGCAUCUUGGGUGUGUGGAAAGGCGAUUUUCACCCGCUCAACACUGUGGAUGAAGUUCUUCAAGGACAGGCUGCCAUCUGCUUUGUAGAUGCCAAUCAACUGGUAGACAUGGGCUCGAAUGGCGAUGGACUGUGGGUCUUCUGGUUGGACAUCUCUGUUGACCAACUCGGACGAGGUGAGAGGUUCCAUGGUCAAAUUGGUGAGUACAAUAUUACAAAAUUUCUUAAAUUUAUUCGCUUAUUUAUAAAAAUUGAGCCACAACAAUAAAAUUUAGCAAUGGACCAUUUUAUUUGUUUCUUUGUAAAAAAAAUUUCUCUCAAUUAGAGGAUUAUCACCCAAUCUCUAAUUAAACUUUUCGCGUUUUUAACCCAACUUUGCUGAUUACUUUUAACUUUCAAUUUCCGAGUUCCUUUUUGGCAUGAAGUGCAACUUUGCAAAACGCCCUUAAGGCUGAUAUUUACAAAAAGCACUCUACCCACUCAAAUAAUAGGAUCCAUUACAACUUAAAAGGGAUACCUUAAAUUAACAGCUCUGCGUUUUUCUUGGUCGCGCUCUACAGCAGUGUGCCUGUGUUUUCCCGUGAACAAAAUCGGCAAGGUGCUUCUUAAGGCGCUCUCCUUCCGUCAGCCUCUUUUAACUUUCGGUGCACCUCGAUCCAGCGGUCGCUUCUUGUCGAUGGCACCAGGCUUGUCACGGUCGGUCUCGGAUCCUCAGAACUUCGGCGAAAACAGGGUACGGGAGAGUACCGUGCUCUCUGGGCUGGCCAGGGUGCGCGGGACGUUCCAAAGGGUGCGUUUAUUUGGAGAAAAAAAAACACACCCCACACCUGACACCAAAUCUGUCGUGACUCUCGACAGGACUUUUCCCCGAAGUUCUCACUUUGCGCAGAGCUGGAGACUUUCCCGGACUCGAACGUGCUUCUUAAUUAAUUAUUGACUUAACUUGGCGGCCUCAUGGAAAUUGGCUUUAAUUCUAAUUGGCCUUUAAUGCUUUUACUCUUUUAUCUUUGUGCUCUAACUAAAAAGGGUUAAUUGAUAUUUCAAGUAAACAAGUUAAUUAACAAUAACAAAUAAAGUGAUGGUUUAUUAUUCUUAAUACUAAACAAUAAUUGGCCAAACUAAUGCGGAAUUACUAUUAGAUUUAAUAGUCUAAUGCUGAGUUUUAAAGUUCGGGCUGAAUUAGUGAACGGAUUAAGCUGAUUUAAAGGGAUAUUCAGUUCGGAAUUUAUAUAGCGUGGGCGCCAAGCAAUACCUUUUAAAGCGGGAAGGGAAACCAUUACAACCACACUCAGUCGAGUCCAGGAAGCGUCUGCUUGGGCACUCAGGUGGCGCCCUGAGCGCGGCGGUCGUAGUUCUUGGUGGUGGCGUGGCGCGCGGGGCGGGAACUUAAGGGUUGUGCUCAGCUUUGGUUAAUAUACUAAAUGGCCUUAACGCGCGCGGUUACAUAAUUAUAAGAUUUGUACAAUUAAAGUUCUUCUUCUGCAAUACAAUAAUUAAAGGUCCCUGUGGUUACACCACAGCACAUGCUAUACACAAAUAAGUUAUAUUUUCUAAAUUUAUUCACAUUGUAAGAACUAUAAACUUACCCUGCUCAGCCUCUCGUGACUCUGCGUCAGCCAUUCGAAUUGCCUCCUCUGCGUCGGAAAGCCACAGUUCAGAUGAUUCUCUGUCUUCCUCUUCUCGGAUGGCCUGCAAAAUCCGCAGGUACAGCCUAGAGUUCUUCUCCUCCACAGGAAGGUCUAUCUGAGAACUCAGGAUUUCAAGUGCACCGAAAACCUCUCGUUGGUUGUCCUUAAGCACAGCUCGGUUCAAUUUUUGCAAUGCGCCCACCACUGGCAAAAUUUGUAAGUUAGAAUAAUUUAAAAACAAAAUUUUGACUUACUUUGAUUUUGCAUGUCAAUCUUUUGGUGUACUUGGGUCACACAGUCGUCGAUGUCAAAAUACGUCAGCAUAGGGCAUCUGCUUUUCUCCAACAACUUCUUUUGUCUCAUUUCGUAAAACGUUUUCCAAUAGUCAUCGAUAAAAUAUUCAUCCAGCUUAAAAAUUGUAAAAAGAUUUAAACAAAUUUCAAUAACUAGCACGGUGUAGCUUACAUCAAAAAUAUCACCAAGGUUUUUUAGAGCUCUCCACAUUUCCUUGGUGUUGUUCUUGUCGACUGCUAGUGUGACGCAGGCAAUUUUAGUCAGUAAAUCAAUGCAGCCCUGGAUUUCCUUGAUUGUCAAGUCACGCUAUAAUAUAAUAAUGAAUAAUUUGCAUGGGUGCUAAAUAUUUAGAUUAUAAUUUACCUCUAGGUCGCUUCUAUCAUUUUUCAUUUCAAAAUGAUAAAGAGGAGCAGCUUCGGGAAUGACAUUGUCCAGAGAAAGAGCUGGAUUUUGCAGAGCCUUUAGAGUUUCUACUGGAGUGCCACUUCGCAGAGCUUUGUUCACAUUCCACAUGGCUUCCAAACCUAAAAAUUAAAUGUGUUUAUCUUUCAAGUUUUCAACUUGAAUAUCUGGUUCUUACGAAGAGCUGAUUGCAAAGCAAUGUUGUUUCCAGCUGUGAUCACAUUUUGCAGGAUUUGUCGGCAGCGAAGAGAGUCAGGCGGUGUUUCCUGGAGAUCAUUAUUCUCUACCAUGCCGCGAAGGUCCUUCAUGUAGUGACCAAUGCAUUUAUCAUCCACAGCCUAAAAACAAGAUUUUUUUUCUGAUUUCCAUUCUAGUUAAAAAAAAAAACUCGGACCUUCAGUGCUAACGGAACAGCCCGCAAAGCUGACUUCAGUGCGCCUUCGUCUCCAUCCUCAACAGCUUUCAACACAGCAUUCCAUGCAACAGCAACUAAAUUUGUUUAAAUAAAACUUAAAAAUUAUUUGUUUGUUAAAUAGUUACUAUUGACAGAAUUAAUGUAUCCCUGGAUCUCAGCUUGCGUCAGCAGCUCAUCAUAUACAUCAGCAGUGUAACUAUCACUCAAUGACUGAAAAUUUUCAGAUUUUUAGGAGAUUUGAAUGGCUGCAAUUAACAUUACCUUGUCCUGUGCUACUGCCGUUUUGUCCUUUUUAGCCUGAACCAUAACUGCUUUGUAUUUGCCCAUAUGGUCAUCAACUACCCAUUUGAGCUUGGCAACAGAAGCUUUCAAAGCAUGGAGGAAAUUAUCACCUUCCUAAAAUUAAUUUAUUAUCUGUAAAAACUGAAAUUCAUUUUAGAAAAAGCAAACUUUUUUAUCUAGAGUCUCGUUGAUGGCAAUGAUGGCCGAGUGCAAGGCAGCCUUAUCAACGGGCAUUUCAUUGGCAAGCAAUCCUCCAAUCUUUUGGAAAAGCGGCAUCUGAACUCCAACCUUAACCAACUCCUUCUUCAUAACAUCAAUUUCAGCAUCUGUAAAAUAAUAUAUUGAAAGAAAAUCAAAAUAAAUAUAGUUAAAAAUACCAGUGAAAUAUGCUUUUCCAUAGAGGUCGCCCAUGGCUGGUGUUUUGCCAAGUCGGAAAAGGUGCGUCGACAAGGCGUGAAUGCAGUAAAUCACCCUAGGCAUGUUCUUUUUGUCGUAAACGUCAGUCGUCUCUGGGAAAAACGUCUGAAAACAGAUUGAUUAUGUAAAUGAGAUUGAAAAAUGUAAUUUUGGGGAAGUUUGAUACAAACCCUGGGCAGCUUGACGGCAUCUAGGGAAGCAAUCCAUUUGUUGAUGUUGUCAGUGUGACGAAACUGGAGGCCAAAUCUGUCAUAUCUCGACUGGUCAAUGUCGUAGAUUUUGCUCAGCGAAACCACCUCCGGGGCAAUCAGGUGUCCCAGCCUGGCAAGCACCACUCCGUUGCGCAGGUUUUCCUCUAAUUCUGUCGAAGGUGGAAGACUGAUCUGCAGUAUGGACUCCAGCCACCUUUAAUGUGCUUUAGUAUUGAGUAAGUAAGUACAUAGAAAAUAUUACUUUUUAGACUCCUCGAGGUGGCAAAGGUACUGGUAGGCCAUGUCCUGCAGACGCAUCUCGUCCAUGUUUUCAUAUUUGUCAAUGUUGGGACGCACGAUGCCUGAAAAAUAUUUAGCUUUGCUGUCAAACAUGAUCCUGCACACCUUCACGUGGCCAAUGAAACUCAUUUUGUCGGAAAAUCGGGAAAAAACGUCCUGAAUCUUUGCACAUUGGAAAGUGAGCAACACUGUGUGCUGAGGGAUUUUUAUAGACACUGCCUGCAAAAAUUUAGGCAAUUCACGGCUUUGAAUUUUUCAUCAAUUGUAGAAAAAUACUUAAGAUUCCCACCAAUGAUUCAGUGACCUUUGUGUGCAUUUCAAUGUGUACCAAAAUAUUCCGACAAGCUAAAUAAAAUUAUUGCAACAAUGAUCGACGAUUCAGAUCUUACCGGGAGCAUCGGCUUUUGCGUCUGUCUCGAUGACACCAGGCAUGUUCGACGGUGCUUUUCACAUCUACACCUCGGCGAAAUGCUGCAAAUGCAUAAAAUGCGCCCAAAACUCUGCGAAUCUGUCAGAAGUCGUGAUUAAUUUGGAGAAUUUCUGGCACGCCAGAUUUUUGUGACACCCGUUGCCCGCCGUUUUGCUGUUUUCAACGAUUUUUAAACGGCUUUGCAAACUUGAUGCAAUGUUACCAACUUAAUAAUAUAUUUCUGAAGCAUAUUUUUAGCUCCUUUUGUUAUAUAAACAGUUUAUUUCAACAAAAUAUUUCAACAAAAGUUAAAUUAUAUUCAAAAAAUUAUUUUAAAACAAUUUACUUGCAUAUGAAGGCAGUAUUAUAAUGAUUCAAAAUGGAUUUUCGUACUGUUGGUGCACUUGAUGGCAGCUGUUGUUUUUGUUUAGAAAUCUCCAAGGAUCUUUCAUUUAUAAUAAAAGAUCCUUGGAAAUCUCUCGGACACGGCCCACGGCCAAUAAGACACGGCUUAUAACUACAAACUUUGGCAUAAUUUUGUAAUUUUUCACGGGUUUUAUGGCCUUGUUAUUGAUAUGGAAGUCAAAACUUAUUAAAUACAUAUAACAGAUCAUCUCUUUAGCUGAAAUUCAGCAGGAUUAAAAAUGAGUAAGAAAGUUGAGCCUGCAGAGAUGAUUUCAACGGUGACAGAAGGGCCGGUGGAACUGGAGAACCAGUUCAUCCUUCGGCUGCCUGCGGAGCCGGCCAAGGCCCUGCGGGAGGCGGUUAGAAGCGGCAGCAACAAUCUGAAGGAGCGUCUGACCGUCAAGCUGGAGCCGGACAUGCGGCACGGUGAGGUGCGAUUCGACCACUGGUUGCUGCACGCUCGUCUUAUGGACCUGCCCACCAUCAUGGAGUCGUUGAAGACCAUAGACAACAAGAACUUCUACAAAACGGCCGACAUCUGCCAGCUGCUGGUGUGCAGCACCGAGGAAGAACCGCCGCCCCCUCCUGAGGAAGAGGCGCCCAAGAAGAAAAAGGACCCCAACAAGGUGGACAAGAAGUACCUGUGGCCGCACGGAGUGACGCCGCCCAUGAAGAACGUCCGGAAACGCAGAUUCCGGAAAACCCUGAAGAAAAAGUACGUCGAGGCGCCUGAAAUAGAGAAGGAGGUGAAGCGGCUGCUGCGAGUGGAUAACGAGGCCGUCAAUGUCAAGUGGGAGAUCAUCAGUGAGGACCAGUUGCUGGGCCCUCCAGAACCAGGGGUUGAGGUCGAGGACACGCCCCCCAAAGAGAAGGAAGGCAAGCGGAGCAAAAAGAGCCACAAGGAGGCCAACCUGGCCGAGCAUGACAUCUUCGGUGAGGCCGUGUCUGACUCAGACGCGGAUGACGACUCCAACUCUGACGAGGAUGACACCAAGGGCAUUGACGUGCUUAACCUGGACGACGAGGAGAGCAGCCGGCUGAUGAUGUCUGCUGGGGAGGACAGUCUGGCGCCCAGUCAGGACACGGGCGGCGCCUCCACCUCCACCGGAUUGGUCACGCAGUUCUCCAAGGAGAUGUUCAGCAAGCCGGACAGUAUGUCCCCCUCCUCGUCGCCCGUUCCGCUGGACGCCAAGGAGGGUCGUGGGGCGCGCGACCUCGAGUUGAGGGCGGCGCGGCUGCGUAUAGACCUCGAGGAACUGCACGCGAUGCGCGAGCAGCGCCAGCAGCAGCAAGAAAUGGCCGGUGACAAUGAAAACGUUGCCCUCAGGCAGAGGUUCAGCGAAAUCUUUGACGAGCAGAUUGCGGCCAAGGAGCGCGAGCUGCAGCAGGUGUUAGACAGUAUGUGAGGACAGAGUCUUUUCUUUGGACCAAGAAAAACAAACAUCUUUUGUAAAGUUUGUCUGUGAAUAAUUUAGAUGCUAUAAUAUUUCUGAUUGUUCAGUAAAUCAUGUAAUUUUUUUUAAUUCAAAUAUAAAGAUUUUUGAUUUCAAUAGCAUUAAAAUAUCAAUUUAUAAUUACAAAAGAUACAAAAGAGUUGAAUUUAUGGAUUGCUUGAAUCUUAAAUAUUUAAAAUUUAAAGAAAUAAAUAAACUCGAAUGGGAAAUUUA